AUCUGGAUGUAAUUAUGCCAGAUAGCAUGUCGGACAUUUCCAUGUUUCCUGGUUCCGACUAACACUUGAACAUGCAGUUACAUAGGGCGGGAUCUCCGUUCUCGAUAGUUUGGUAAGGAACGUUUGUUUCAUCACUGCGUUACGAGGCGACUGCACUCUGACAGAAGAAGGCAUAUUUCAUCUCUCAUUUCCAAAAGGAAUAUGAAUAUUCUUGGAUUUCUUCUCAUUCUAUUGCUAAGUAUCAACACAGGAAUCAGGGCAGAACCUUCAGUGGACCAGUAUGGGUUGAAGGGGGGUUCAAUAUGUCUGGAUGUUGCAGAACCUCCUGAGAUGAUCAAAGGACUUAAAUGGAUGAAGGACAGUGAUGUAAUAUUUGGAGACAAAGAGAUCUCUCCUAAAUACAAGGAGAAGGUGGACUAUAACUCUGUGAACCAUUCUCUGUGUAUUAAGAAUCUGUUGAACACAGACAGUGGAAUUUACAUGGUAAACUACAGGAAAAGUUGGAAAGAAUCAACGACUACAUAUAGACUGUUAGUGGAGGAUCAUGUUCCCAAACCAGUCAUGGAUGUCACAUCUCUCUUCAACACAAGUGUGGGACUCUGUGACGUCACAGUGAACUGUUCAGGUAAAGAUGGCUGGAUGUUGUCUGUCUGUGACAGCGGUCAGUGUACACUGUCACAACAGUCUCCGUCACUAACCGGUGGUAACAUGACCAUCUCCGUAUUGACUGGAAGGAUCCAAUGCACCAGCAGCAACCACAUCAGCACACAGACCAUCUCUCAACCCAUGGAGGACUGUAGGGGUGAUGUGGUAGCCUCAGUGUUACCAGUUGGCACCAUUGUGGGUAGUGUUACUGGUACUGGUAUAUUACUCCUAGUUACUGUGUUACUUGGUGUUGGAUACAUCAAACUUACCAGAAGACAGAAAAUCCCUAAAGAACAACAUUCACUAGAAGAGGUCAUUGUUCCAAGAGCUUAAAACUCAGUGAACACUUAACCAGGGAGAGAAGAACCACAGCACUCUCCUGUCCAGAACCACAGCACUCUCCUGUCCAGAACCACAUCACUCUCCUGUCCAGAACCACAUCACUCUCCUGUCCAGAACCACAUCACUCUACUGUCCAGAACCACAGCACUCUCCUGUCCAGAACCACAUCACUCUCCUGUCCAGAACCACAUCACUCUACUGUCCAGAACCACAGCACUCUCCUGUCCAGAACCACAUCACUCUCCUGUCCAGAACCACAGCACUCUCCUGUCCAGAACCACAGCACUCUCCUGUCCAGAACCACAUCACUCUCCUGUCCAGAACCACAACACUCUCCUGUCCAGAACCACAGCACUCUACUGGACAGAACCACAUCACUCUCCUGUCCAGAACCACAUCCCUCUCCUGUCCAGAACCACAUUACUCUCCUGUCCAGAACCAUAUCACUCUCCUGUCCAGAACCACAUCACUCUCCUGUCCAGAACCACAGCACUCUCCUGUCCAGAACCACAUCACUCUCCUGUCCAGAACCACAGCACUCUCCAGAGAUAGACUGUCUACUUCACUGAGAAGAGCCAGCACCAGCAGAACAAGUUGAAACAGGAAGCGCAUCACCAGACAUGAGAGCAGAAGGACAGAAAGGUGGGCCUCUGAUGUCACAUCAUACAGUCAUUGAGUUAGAUCAGUUCUAGACCUUGUACAGAAACCAUGGGACAUUACACCACCUGGUGGACAUGAAUAAUACCAGCAGAGUAAACCUCAGGGCUUCAUUCAUCAACGUGUGUCUAGAUUCAUCAACAUGUUGUGAAAUUGUUUUAUACAAAACUCUUUGUAUUUGCUAGUAUGUGGUAUUAUUAUACCAUAGAGCCACAUUUUCCCAGAUUUGUGGCAAAUCCCAAAUCAACCCUUAGUUCAGCCUUUCGCUCUAUAAAUUGUAGAAUCAGAUAGUUGUACCAAUCAGCACUAAUAUGGUAUUUGUUCCACCUACCCAUCACUGUUGUGUAUUUGAGAGGGAAGACUUGACCUCAUUAGGCCACCGUAGAUGGAAUCUUUGAAAAAAAAUUAUCAAGACGAAGGAGAUGAUUGUGGACUACAGGAAAAGGAGGGUCGAACACGCCCCCGUUCACAUCGACAGGGC